GAGCCGGCCUGGCAGGAGCCGGCCAAAGAGGACAUCCCAGCACACACUUAUCUUUUCUUCCACGACAAGUGCUGUCUCCUUGGUUUUCAAGGGACACAAACUUUGCAGAGCUUGGGGAGUCAUACUGACGAAAAAUAGUGUCAUCUAAGAAACGAACCCAAAAAGGCAGAGCUGGUUGCCAAAAGAACACCUGGUUCCUUGCAAGUCGAACACGUCCGCAGCAGGAUCGGGUCGAACAGAACCAUGUCUCUCCUCUUGGGCGUUUUCUCUGCCUUCUGUCUCCUGGGAGCAGCUCUUGGUCAGGACGUGACCUACGAGGACUACCUGGCCCAGAUCAAGGCUUGCCCUCGCGAGUGCCACUGCCCGCGCAACUUCCCCAGCAGCGUCUACUGCGACAACAGAGAGCUCAAGCAGAUCCCCAACAUCCCGCCGCACACGCUGUACCUCUACCUGCAGAACAACCUCAUCGAGUCCCUCUCCAAGGAGGCCUUGAGCAAUGCCACGCAACUCCGCUGGCUCAACGUCAACCGCAACCGGAUCACCGACGAAGGCAUGGCAGAGGGGGCUCUGGAGGACAUGCCACAGCUCCUGCAGCUCUACAUGGGCGACAACCUGCUGACCUCCGUGCCGGUCGGCCUGCCGUCCAGUCUGGAGCAGCUCCAGCUCUCCAACAACCGCAUCUCCAAGAUCCCGGCGGGGGUCUUCUCGGGGAUGGACCGGCUCAGCCUGCUGGACCUCCAGGGGAACAAGCUGCUGGACGACGCCGUGACGGAGGUGAGCCUCAAGGGGCUCGGCGGCCUGGUGCAGAUGAACCUGGCCAAGAACCAGCUGAGCAGCAUGCCGACGGGGCUUCCCCCCAGCACCACGCAGCUGUUCCUGGACGGAAACAACAUCCAGGGGAUCCCCUCGGAGUACUUCAAGGGCCUGCCCAAGGUGGCGUUCCUCAGGCUCAACGGCAACAAGCUGAGCACCGUCGGGGUUCCCAGGGACGUCUUCAACCUGUCCAGCCUCCUGGAGCUGCAGCUGUCCCACAACCAGCUGACCGAGGUGCCCUUCAUCUCCGCCGGCCUGGAGCACCUGCACCUGGACCACAACCAGAUCAAGAGUGUGAAUGGCUCCGACAUCUGCCCAGUGUCAGCCGAAGCGUUGGAAGACUAUGCUCACGCGAGCGCUCCCAAACUGCGCUACCUGCGUCUGGACGGCAACGAGAUUCCCCCUCCGAUUCCCAGAGACGUCGUGAUGUGUUUCCGUCUGCUCAGGUCCAUUGUCAUCUGAAGGAAAACUCGCCAAAAAGAAACUUGCAAAAAAAACAGAAGUAAUAAAGCUGACUUUACAAUUGAUUGUAUAUUCAAACUAGAUCUUUGUGGGCAAAACAUUUUGAUACCAACUGGUCCGAGGUAUCCCUAGUCAGGUACAGUAAUUCAGGCAAAGUUUCCUUUUGUAUUUUUAGCAUCUUUUGUCGAACUUUACAAUCAAGAAAUAAUAUUGCCGGACUGAAAUCACCUUUCCGGAAAACUCCAGUACCAUGUUGCGUACCACUGUGCCUUAUAUCCUUGUAAUGAUGUUAGCGUCAAUAGAUUGUUAUGGUGACGUUGUCACAGAAAUGUUAAAACUAUGCCAUUGACAAAAUAUAUAUUGUAUUUAUACAAUAUAUCCAUCUACAUUAUGAAAGAUAAAUAAUAAAUUGCAACCAAUGUAGGUUCAACAUGGUUGAUUGAAAUAUAACUUGCAACCUGUGAAAUAAUGUCAAUAUGUAUUUAUUUGAAGAUUUUGUUCAAGUGCUAUUGUGUAGAUCUGCUUCUAUCAAACUCUGUAAUUGAAGAAAAAAUAUAUAUGUAUAUAUAUCCCUUGGGUAUUUGACUAAAAUAAAUC